AGGGAGGGAGGGAGGGAGGGAGGGACAGAGGCAGAACUGUCAGAAGGCGAGAGAGAGAGAAGGAAGCGAGGAGGGGGAGGAGAGGAAGAGGAGGAGGCGAAGGAGGAGGAGGAGGCAACAGAGGAGGCAGAGGAAGCGCCGAGUCCUUGGCUACUCGAGGAGAACCAUCUCUGCGCGCCCACAGCCCUCCAGCGAGGCUCUCUCUCUCACACACACACACCGCUUCCUGGUUGCAGAGCGGAGCGGAGCCUUCUCAACUUUAUCCUUGGACAUUUCCUGCUCUCGUUUCUUCUUUGGGGUUUCUCCCCCUCCCUCCAAAAUAUAACCAAACAAACCAUGUGAGCUGGGACUGGGAAAGCGAGCCGGGGGAGCAACGGAGGAGCGGCAUGCCUUCUUCUUCAGGCUGGCUGGCUCCCUCUCCGAAGGCAACUUGGAAGAGCGAUGCUUCUGCUCCCCUCCCAGGCAGCAGCUUCUCCGCCGGAAAACCUCUUUCGCCAGAAGUUUUGCUUAGGACAUAAACAAAACUUGCGCGCUUAGAGCGAGAGAGUAAAGAGGGAGAGAGAGAGAGAGAAAGGGGUGGGGGAAGAAAGCCAGAGAGAGAGAAAGAGAGAGAGGCUUUCCCUCCCAGCCUCAGUGCGCGCGAGUGAGGGAGUGAGUGAGCGAGGGGCGAAAGAAAAGGAGCCCACACGCACCUCAUUCACGCCAUACAAAGCCUGCCUUCCAAGGAGGGGAAGGAAGGAGGGGGAGAAAGUUUCUCUGUGGCGGAAAAGAAGAAAGAGAAGGAGGGAGAGAGAGAGAGAGAAACCCCCUCCGAGGAGAAGAGGGAAGAAGAAGCGGGACUGGACUGUAACCUGCUGGCUGGCUUCCCGCCUCCGCUGCCAUUGAGAGAGAAAGCCCCGCCGAGGAGAGGAGCGGAGAAGAAGCGGGACUGGCUUCCCGCAAAAGAGAGAGAGAUUGAGAGGGAAACGUCCUCCAAGGAGCGAAGAAGAAGCGGGACUGGACUGUAACCUUCUCACAAGAGCGAGAGAGAGAAAGAGGUUGUGAGAGAAAGCCCCUCCGAGGCCGAAGGAGAAGCGGGCCGGGCUGGACUGGGCGCUCUUUCCUCUCCAUGCCGAGCAGGUGAAUGGGACUGAAGGCGGCGGCGGCGGCGAGGGCGAGGGCGCUGCUGGUGGCGUAAGAGCCCCCUCCCUGCCUCCCUCCCUCCCUUCCUUCGGAGGGGCGCCUCCCGGUCGGAGGUCUCGCCCGUCGCCCGCCGGCCGAGGGAGGCUGGCAGGCGGCCGGGCGGAGGGGCGAGGAUUCUCCUCACGCAUUUCUGGGCGGCGGAGGCUGGCGGAGGGCGCGGUGGAGGGGGCGCCGGAAGGCCAGCGGCGGCGUCGACGGUGGCGAGCAUGGCCACGGCGGCCUCCAACCCCUACCUGCCCGGCAACAGCCUCCUCUCGGCCGCCGGCGCCAUCGUCCACUCGGACGCCGCCGCUGGGGGCAUGCAGCCGGGCAGCGUCGCCGUCACCUCCGUCGCCGGCGGAGGAGGAGGAGGAGCCGGAGGAGGGGGCAACGGAGGCAAUAACAACGCCAACAACGGCUACCGCGGCGACCCUUCCUCGGUGAAGAUGGUCCAGAGCGACUUCAUGGUCCAGAGCAAUGGCGGACAUAUGCUGAGCCAUGCCCACCAAUGGGUCACCGCGUUGCCCCACGCCGCCGCAGCCGCAGCCGCCGCCGCAGCCGCCGCGGCCGCCGAAGCGGGGUCUCCGUGGUCCAGCAUGAGCGGCAGCCCUCAGCAGCAGCAGCAGCAACAGCAACAGCAGCAGGACGUGAAGGGUGGCGGCGGCGGGAGGGAGGACUUGCUGCACCACCGCCCGCCCCACCUGGGCCCUCCGCCGCCCCACCAAGGCCACUGGGGCUCCAUGGCUGGGCAGCAGCAGCAGCAGCAACAGCAACAGCAAGCGCCGCUGCUCUACUCGCAGCCCGGCGGCUUCACGGUGAACGGCAUGCUGAGCCCUCCGCCGGGCAGCCAAGCGCUGGGGGUUCACCCGGGAUUGGUGCGCGGAGACACGCCGGAGCUGGGCGACCACCCCGGGCACCACCACCACCACCACCAGCAGCAUCACCACCACCCUCACGCGCACCACGGCGGAGGAGGCGGCGGAGGAGGCGGAGGCGGGGGCCUCAACAGCCACGACCCGCACUCCGACGAGGACACGCCGACUUCCGACGACCUGGAGCAGUUCGCCAAGCAGUUCAAGCAGCGGCGCAUCAAGCUGGGCUUCACCCAGGCCGACGUGGGCCUGGCCUUGGGCACGCUCUACGGCAACGUCUUCUCGCAGACCACCAUCUGCCGCUUCGAGGCCCUGCAGCUGAGCUUCAAGAACAUGUGCAAGCUGAAGCCGCUGCUGAACAAGUGGCUGGAGGAGGCCGACUCCUCCACGGGCAGCCCCACCAGCAUCGACAAGAUCGCGGCGCAGGGCCGGAAGCGCAAGAAGCGGACCUCCAUCGAGGUGAGUGUCAAGGGCGCGCUGGAGAGCCACUUCCUCAAGUGCCCCAAGCCCUCGGCCCAGGAGAUCACCUCGCUGGCAGACAGCCUCCAGCUGGAGAAGGAGGUGGUCCGCGUCUGGUUCUGCAACCGGAGGCAGAAGGAGAAGCGCAUGACCCCGCCGGGCAUCCCGCAGCAGGCGCCUGACGACGUCUACUCCCAGGUCGGGAACGUCAGCGCGGACACGCCGCCCCCGCACCACGGACUCCAGGGCGGCGUGCAGUGAGGCGGGCCGGGCCGGGCGGAGAGAGAGAGAGAGAGAGAAGGGCAGAGAGGGCUGGGGAAAGCAGGCAGGCAGGCACCAAAGGGAAAGAAGGGAGAGAGGGAGGAGGGGGAGACGGAGAAAGGCAGCCGUGGAGGGCAGCGAGGGAGCGAGCUAACGAGCCAGCGAGCGCCACACAGUCACGCCAUGCACACACACAUCCCUCCGGCCCACUUCCCCAACUGCCUUGUUUACUUCUGCUCCUCUGCUAUAUUUAUGGUGGAAUCACCCCAACCGAGGGUUAUUUGGAGCCGAACAGCUCAGAUUCCCCAACAUUUGCAACGCCCCCAGAUCCGGACCAAAUUGGAGUUGCCCAGUCCAGUUUGCCUUCCCACACACACAGAUCCAUAGCUCUUCCCUCUUGCAACACCCUCACCAAACAAGGUGUCUCUCCGUGGAUGCUCUGGAGUGGCCGCGAUGGUCGCCAUCAAGGAGCAGCUACCUCUCCUCUCUCCCUCUCUCUUCCCCCCCCCCCCCAUCUCUCUGUCUCUGCUCCGUUUCUUCCUCCCCAGACCUACUCCCGCCCACCCACUCGCCACCCACAAAUGGAUCGCCCUACAAAUCCUUAGAAAGGUUUCUGUCUCACAUACAUAGCAUCAAGUCUCACACCCGCACGCACUAGGUGUCAGGAGGGUCAAAGAGGGAAGACAAAACAUUACUUUUUGGUGUUGUCGAAGGCUUUCAUAGCCAGAUUCACUGGGUUGCUGUGAGAUUACCGGGCUGUAUGGCCAUGUUCCAGAAGUAUUCUCCCCUAACAAUUCGCCUGCAUCUAUGGCAGGCAUCCUCAGAGGUUGUUGAGGUCUGUUGGAAACUAGGCAAGUGGGGUUUAUAUCUCUGUGGAAUGUUCAGAAUUCAACUCUUGUCUGUUGGAAGCAAGUGUGAAUGUUGCCAUUAAUCACCUUGAUUAGCAUUGAAAAGCCUUGCAGCUUCAAAGCCUGAUUGCUUCCUGCCUGGAAGAAUCUUUUGUUGGGAGGUGUUAGCUGGCCAGUAUUAAAAACUGUAUUAAAUCGGGACAGUAAAUAAAGAACAACACUCUGAAAACAGGGGAAUUCCAGAAAAGAAAUAAUCAGGGCCAAUAUAUGGCAGGAAUCAACCAGGCCUUGAAGCUGUAAUGCUUUUCAAUGCUAAUCAAGGUAAUUAAUUGCAACAUUCACACUUGCUUCCAAUAGACAAGAGUUCUCUCUCCCAUCCUGGACCUUCCAUAGAUAUAUAAACCUCCCUUGCUUAGUUUCCAACAGACCUCACAACCUCUGAGGAUGCCUGCCCUAGAUGUGGGUGAAACCUCAGGAGAAAAUGCUUCUGGAACAUGGCCAUACAGCUGGGAAACCUCACAGCAAGCCAGUGAUUCCGGCCAGGAAAGCCUUCGACAACACAAAACAUUACUUUUAUAUCUACACUUGCUCCUUUCCUGUCCUUUUGUUCGCUUCCCCACUGCUGUAGCCAAACUGCAUUGUUUUGGUAAAGAAGGAGGGCCCUUCCACACAGCACUAUAUCCCAGAAUAUCAAGGCGGAAAAUCCCACAUUAUUUGAGUGUGGACUGAGAUAACCCAGUUCAAAGCAGAUAUUGUGCGAUUUUCUGCCUUGAUAUUCUGGGAUAUGGGGCUGUGUGGAAGGGCCCUGAGAUGGCCUCUCUCUUUUGGAGAGAAAAAUAAUAAUAAAAAGAAGCAGUAUUCUGCCAAAUUGAGAGGGCUCGACUCUUUUGCAAGAUAGGAAAGGAAGGAAAUGUAAGAUUAGCAGCACUGAAACAGAACAAACAAAGCAAGCAGCCGGUAGAAAACGCAAAUUUGUGACGAAUUAGGGGGGGGGGGGGAGGAAUGGGAGGAGGAGAAGAAAAGGAAGAAAGAAAAAAAUGGGGAAAAGAAAGAAACCUCCGAAAAUGGAAAGCUGACCCUGAAAAUAGUAAAGAAAAAGUGGGGAGAGGGGAAACAAGGCGAGUUGGUUGAUCUUUAAAGUUAGAGCCCUGUAGGAUUUGCAGGAAUUGAGAGAAAGAGCAACAUAAAGGGAAUAAUAAUUCAGAGCUGUCACAGUUAUGCUUCUGAAGGCUGCCAGUCAUCCUGGAAGAUUAAUUUCCAAAAAAAGUUCACUGCUCAUUUUUUUAUUAAUUUUUUAUUUCUGGACUAAUGCAGAGAAAGGGAGUUAAAAAGGACUGGGCACCUACAGCUGCACUUCUCUGAACUUCUCUCCUAAAUCCGUUGCCAACUUGAUUGAAUGGGUGCUGUGGAGGGGAUUCUAUAAUACUGCCAUUUCCUCGCAGUGUUUUUGGUAGGUUUUAAUAAACAGAACUUUUCAACAAACAAAAACAAAAAAAGAAAAAAAGACGGCAAUAGAGAAAUGUUUAGAUCCGUGGUUGAUCUAAAAAAAAUUUGCUUUAUAUUUUCAUUAAAUGACUUCUUUUAAUAUUUUAUUCAGAAUACCUAUGAACUGCUGCAAAACGGUAAUUUAUUUUUUCCCCAGAUCUUGUAUUACGUGUUUUUUUCAGACGAGCACAAAUUUAAAAAAUGAAAUUUAAAAAAAAAUACGGACAGCUAUUAGGUAAUAAGGGUAUCUUUUGAUGUGAUAAUUUGAUUGUAAUUUAAUUUGAGUAGUGAUUCCGUAAGAGCUGAUUGAGAAAAAAUAAAUUUGUUAGAAUGAAA